UGUUCAUUAGCGUCACUGAGUGGACGAACACUUAGUUUUGUUUUACGCGGAUAACUGGAACUUCCACAAUGCCCUUUGGGUUAGUUUCAGCGUGGAACAAGCGUAGGAGGAGCAAAUCUCAGGAUCAGGGUGAAGCCUGGAUUUACAAACCUGCGGAAUUCUGGCAACUUGAGCAACAAAACCCACCUGCAAAAAGACGACAUGGAUCAUCUGUUUUCACCCACAAAGAGAUGGAAGAAGCCACAAAAUCAUUCAGCGAUGAAAAUUUUAUCGGAAAAGGAGGUUUUGGGCGGGUAUACAAGGGAACUCUUCGAUCAGGGGAGGUUGUGGCAAUCAAGAAAAUGGAACUUCCACCGCUAAAAGAAGCAGAAGGCGAACGUGAAUUUCGAGUAGAAGUUGACAUCUUGAGCAGGCUGGACCAUCCGAAUCUGGUUUCUUUAAUAGGUUAUUGUGCAGAUGGAAAGCACCGGUUCCUUGUUUAUGAAUACAUGCAAAAUGGCAACCUACAGGAUCACUUGAACAAAAUAGGUGAAACUAAGAUGGACUGGUCGACAAGGCUCAAAAUAGCAUUAGGGGCAGCAAGGGGACUUGCUUAUCUCCAUUCAAGUUCAGCAGUUGGCAUUCCUAUUGUCCAUAGAGAUCUCAAAUCCACCAACAUACUUUUAAGCACCAACUUUGAUGCAAAGAUAUCAGAUUUUGGACUAGCAAAGUUGAUGCCAGAGGGACAGGAAACAUAUGCAACAGUCAAUGUACUUGGUACUUUUGGAUACUUCGAUCCCGAGUACACAUCGCAGGUGACAAGAAUAAUCUUAAUGAGAUGCUAUACUGGUGACAGACAGGAAGACUGACUCUGCAAAGUGAUGUUUAUGCAUUUGGCGUUGUACUACUUGAGCUUCUGACAGGGCGCAGAGCAAUCGAUUUGAAUCAAGGACCAACAGAUCAAAAUCUCGUCUUACAGGUACGAUACUGACAGAAAAAAGGCAAUAUGGAAGAAACUGCGCAUAUAUAUUACUGAACAAAGGCAUUUGAAUAACAAAAUCUUUCAGGCUAGAAACAUGUUGAAUGACCGAAGGAAGCUGCGAAAAAUCAUAGAUCCUGAGCUACCACGGAACUCUUACACAAUGGAAUCUACAGCUAUGUUUGCAAAUUUAGCAUCACGUUGUGUAAGGAUUGAUAGUACUGAAAGACCAACCAUGUCAGAGUGUGUUAAAGAGCUUCAAUUGAUUUUCCAUACAAAUUCCAAAGGAUUGGGUAUGGCUUUACAUACAUUUCGAAUGAUCUGAAAUGACAAGUUCUCUCAUAGGUGAUAGAAAUGGAAAAUAACGUGCUUGAAUCAUUCGUUUCAUCCAAAAUUUCCUCAAACCUCGAUUUUGAGUGUCUUGAUUUGCAAUUUCUUAAAAGGAGACAAACUAUAGAUUUUAUUUCAUAUUGUGUAGUCCCCUUUUCUAACAGUAUUUGUCUGUGGGUGUGGGUAUAAAAGUGUACGCGUUCUUUUUCUAGUAUUUAUAAAUCUUGUAUGUAUGAGUUUAUUAGUGAAAUUGAAUAUAUGAGUAAUCACAGCAUUAUCUUUCAAAUAAA